GCGGGGGGCAUCGCGGGCGCCGGAAGUGUCGCAGCGCGGCGGCGGCGCAGGCCGGGAGCGCUCGGGCUGCGUCGCCGGGCGGCCCCGGGCCGCUUACCUCUGUCCCGCCGCCGCCAUGGGCGCCAGCGGCUCCAAGUCGCGGGGGUUGUGGCCUUUCGCCUCCCCGGCGCCGGGCGGCGGCGGCGGCGCCGAGGGCCCCGGCGGGCAGCAGGCCCUGGCCCGGGCGCGGGCCGCCCGCGCCGCCACCCCCUUCGUCUUCACACGGCGCGGCUCCAUGUAUUACGAUGAGGACGGGGAUCUUGCCCACGAGUUCUAUGAGGAGACAAUCGUUACAAAGAACGGGAGGAAGCGCGCCAAGCUGAAGAGGAUCCACAAGAACCUGAUACCUCAGGGCAUAGUGAAACUAGAGCACCCUCGCAUUCAUGUGGAUUUCCCGGUGAUCAUCUGCGAGGUGUGAGUCGCCAGACAGAUGUUGCUGCCUGUGGGUGGGAGGCCCUGCCCCACUGCCUCUAGCCUCACCAGGUGAGGCUGCAUCGUGUUCCCACCCGAGGAUGACUCUGGGCAUGCGGCGGGGACAGCGGCUCUCCCCUCGCCCGGAGGUGAGGCAGGAUGGAGCAGGCCGGGCUGGGCUUGGCUAGCGCUCCUCGCAGGAGAUGGAUGACCUUGUGCAACAACUGCUUACAAACAUCCUCGCUUGAGUCAGAAGACUAAACUACCUUUUGUAGCCUCUAGCUGACAUUUGAUGGGUAACUGGAACUGCAAACGAGCUGCUGUGCGUGAGCAGGGAGAGCAAGCCUGCACUUCUCACCAGACAAAAUCCCCUGCUUCUCAGGUAUGCGGCCCAGGGAGUGCUGGGGCAAGGUAACACCCUGCCUGGGGCCCUGAGAUCCCUGUUUAGAUGGCCAGUGUUGUGGCAUGUUGUUUGGCACGGGUGUUCUGUGACGCUCCCCCGGGUGGGUCUGUCGAUGGAGGAUGAAGGCCAGGGAGGGCCAGUCUCAAAGCACAUCCAGCUGGCUGCUGCAUGCCUAUUGGGAAGGGAUGGAGAUCAGAUGCCACUGUCUUGGUUCUUGGUCUCCUCCUCCUGUGCAUUUCCCUGCUUAUGCCAGCUCAGGGGAGGUUGGCUUCGCUGCUACCUGCAGUCCCUCUGCCCUCAGGAGAUCCCUGUGGUCCAUGGCUGCUGCUGGCGGCAGCGAGGUUCCCAGCUCUGCAGUGGACUUACCUCCCCCAUUAGCAAGCUGACUCCUGCUGAGCGCCAUCCCUUGCCUGCUGCGAGGCAAGGCUGCUGGGCAAGGUGUCUCCUUGUAACGUCCUCACCCCCUGCUCCUGUCUUGAAUGCACCUCCUGGUGGGGUGGGACUUGACAGAGCCAAGCAGGAAGGAAAUAAUUUCUUCCCUCCCUGUCCCUUGAAAACAAUCAGUUGGUGUGCCUGCUCUGGCUUGGAAAUCUCCCUGGUGAUGUGAACUACAGUUCCUCCCCCAUCCCAGCUGGCGGCAGGAGGAGAAAUGUGAUGCACUUUAAAGGGAGGCUUUCUGCUCUGUCUUGGAAGGUCCUGCUCUUUUCUCCUCUUUCCUCCCGCUCAAGAAGGUCGAGGUCUCCUUGGCAGCACCGAAAAAACUUUCACCCUGCAUGUGGGCCCUAGGACGCCGAGCCAGCUGCUGCAGGGCCGGGGAGAGGCCUGACCCAUACAGCCCCUUGCCAGCGCUCAGAGCUACUGCCUCCCUGCUCGGCUGCCCCCAAACUGGGUGGGCAGAGGAGGACUGGCCAUGGGGUGGCAGGCACAGCUUUAAACUGGUUCAGAGCCUGCUCCCCAUAGCAGCCGGCUCGGCUUUCCUCACCCUUCGCUCUAGAACUUAUUUACUUUCAAAGCACUUCAGAUGUUUGCUACCUCGAUUUUUAAUUUAAGCCACUGGCGCUUGCCUGCCAGCCCUGUUGGCAUUUACGUUGGAUGUAUCCAUCCCUGUGCCUGCCGAGAGCUGCCCAGGCGCAGGGCCACAUUCCCGGCUUCAGGGAGAUAACAGUGGUGUGGCUGUUGCCAUCUUCCUGUCACCACCUCUUCCUUCCGUGUCCCCCCACCCGCUGUUCCCAUCGACAGGAGUGAGCACAGGGGGUGAAGCACGGAGGGUGGAAGCGGAUGUGCUGGCUGCCGCCAGGCAGGGAAGCAAGCAGGGCUGGGCAGGGCUCCAGCAGGGAGCUCAUCUACACUGUGAUGCUGGGCACUUCUUUAGACAUCUUUUGUUCUCCUGCUUGCUUGAAAGAGUCUUGUCUUAAAACAAUUCCCCAAUAAGUGUUUCUUAUUUGCACCACCUGCUCUCAAGUUUGUCCCGGGCUGGAUGUCCUUGGGAAGGGCGUCCCUCGGGCUCCGCAGGAGAGCAGGAGCUGCUGUCCCCAGGAAGAGGAGAGAAAGCCGUGGCUGGGUUGCCUGCACCUCCUUGCCCCGCUGCUGUCUGAGGGUGCGGGAAGCUGCACUGAACCUGCCUCUGGUAUGGGGGAAGGUGAUGGAGGAGGAGUGGGGAGGGGGCUGGUGCCAUUUUCCUGCACCCGACCCACCGACUGGGAGCCCCUCGCCUGGCUACCAGCCAAAAAUCUGCUGACAAGGCAGGGCCUGAACUCGGGGAGGGGGCAGAGACCAAGACUGGCUUAGCAAGGAUGCUUUUGUCUUCCCUGACAGGCCGCCCACCCUUCCCCCAGGGCAUCAAACAUGUUUCCCCCCCAAAAAACAUGCCUCCUCCUCCCACCUCCCCCACCACCUUGUCACUGGAGCAGCAGCUAUCUUCUGCCUGCUGCUGACCCGACAAGCUGUGUCCUGCCCCGCUUGGUCCCAGCCUGGUCCCCCAGGCCCCAUCCCCUCCACCGGCCUCCAGCCCUCCUGCAGCAGAGGGACCUUGGGAGCACCUGGAGGAAUCUUAAAAAUGUGAAGGUCGUUGUAAAUAGUAUCUGUGUCCAAUGUGGUGUUGGAGGAAGCAAAAAAAAGAGGAAAUUUUUCUUUUUUGAUUUUUUUUUUUCUGUGCGACGUUGUGCUUUCCCAUGUGGAUGUGUAGCCUGUGACACUAGGCUCCUUGCUUCUCUAGCAUAUGGGUAGGACCCAUGGGUUUGGGAAAAGUACACUAUUUAUGAUCCUUCCCCCCAGUGCAUCUGUCCACUUUUGUUAAAUUUCAAUAAAAUUAUUUGUAGAGCCCGCAAGCCCAAGAGCUGUCUUCCUCGGGAAGGCAGCUGGGCAAGUGGCUGUGUCCAUGGGCAGAGGAAGGAGAUGCUGGAGAGCUGAGGAGAGGUGGCUUUGCAGUGCUGGUCUGUUUGCCCCAGGCACUUUGGGACCCCUGGGUUUUGUUGGUUUUUGGGGUUGUUUUUUUUGGGGGGGGGGGUGGGGUGGUGUUUGUGCACACGUGGCUGAACUAGUAGUGAAGGAGCCACAAGUCAUGGCUGUUUCCACGUGCUCCAGUUUGGCAUGUGGUGCUGGCAGGAGUUGGUGGCUCUGUCAGGCUGUGACUCUGCUUGUAGCUGCCGUGACAUCCUUUAAAUAUAUAACUAAAAUGUG